AUGACAUCCAGACUAGACCGUCUUGUCACGUUACUCGAGACGGGCAGUUCUCCUCUCAUCCGUAACACAGCCGCCCAACAGUUGGCUGAUGUUCAAAAACAGCAUCCAGAUGAGCUCUUCAACCUGCUCGGGCGCAUUCUCCCCUACCUCAAAUCCAAAUCUUGGGAUACACGGACCGCUGCCGCCAAGGCAAUAGGUCUCAUUGUCGCUAAUGCAGAUACUUUUGACCCUAAUCAGGACGAUGGUGAGGACGUCAAGAAAGACGAAGAGGAUGUGGACGAUGUGAAUGUCAAGCUGGAAGAAGAACCAAUCUCCGUGGCUGAUGAGCUACUCCGACUGGAAACCCUGGAUUUAGUCUCCAUCCUCAAACGCGGCAGGAAGCUGCUGGGCAGCGGGAGCAAAGACCAGGAACUUUCCUUGGCAGCUAUGGACUCUGCAGCUCGAUUACAACACCAGAAAAAAUUGCUAACGCGGCGACUGGGUCUGGCGGGAGAAUGUUCCGACGACGACUUGCUUGACGAUAGUGAGCUGUUACCCAAGACGCCAGGUUUGAAGGAGGCCGAGCCAAGACUCUUCUCUCCGAAGGAGAAGAGUCACCUCAAUUCCAGCGCCCAUCCAUUACCCUCACCCAGUGAGCCUGCCAAUGGCGAGGAGUCUGGGCUUAGCAGAAGGCAGCUGAAUCAACUGAAGCGAAAAAGCAAACACAUCGCGAGAUUGGGCGCGAACAAAGUUCGAGUAGUCGACCUAUCGUCUCGGCGCCAGUCAGAGAACGUCACUAAUCCUUCAAUAAGCACUCCCCAUCCCGUGAAAACAGAGUAUGGUGACGGGCAGAAUGGAGAUGCAAAACCGGAUUAUUUCUCUCUUGAGAGGCCGGCGGAUCACGAUGAUGAAUCUAAAAUAGUCUCCGAAUUCAAGGGAACAACACUUCCAGACAAGUCCAUUAUUCAGCCAGAUCUUGCAGAAGACACUGAAACCAUUGCAUGGCCGUAUGAACGCAUGUGCGAAUUCCUCAAGGUGGAUAUUUUCGAUCCCAACUGGGAGGUACGGCACGGUGCGGCGAUGGCUCUCCGAGAGGUCAUUCGGAUUCAAGGCUCUGGGGCAGGACGGAUGCAUGGAAAAACUAGGCCUGAAAACAAUGUGCUGAAUCGACAAUGGCUGGACGAUCUUGCUUGCAGACUGCUUUGCGUUCUGAUGCUGGAUCGCUUUGGUGACUACAUUUCCGACAACGUUGUUGCUCCCAUUCGGGAAACAGUAGGACAGACGCUAGGUGCCCUUUUGUCGCAUCUGCCUUCUCGGUCUGUCGUGGGUGUAUACAGAUGUCUUUACCGCCUCAUUAUGCAGACAGAUUUGGACUUCGACCGCCCUGUUUGGGAGGUCUGCCAUGGCGGUAUGAUUGGCCUGAGGUAUUUGGUAGCAGUUCGGAAAGAUCUUCUGGUCAAGGACUCCAAUUUGAUGGAUGGGGUUCUGGAAGCAGUCAUGCAUGGACUGGGCAAUUAUGAUGACGACGUUCGUGCUGUUAGCGCUGCAACACUUGUGCCUAUAGCCGAAGAAUUCGUCAACACCAGGCAAUCUACCUUGGGAUCCCUCAUGAACAUAGUGUGGAACUGCCUGUCCAAUCUUCAGGAUGACUUAAGUGCUAGUACCGGUUCCGUUAUGGACCUUCUGGCAAAGCUUUGUACUUUCCAGCCAGUUCUCGACGCCAUGAAAGAGAACGCGGCCGCGGAUUCGGAGUCGUCUUUCGCCAAUCUUGUUCCCCGGCUCUAUCCAUUUUUGCGUCAUACGAUCACCAGUGUACGCUCUGCGGUCCUCCGUGCCCUCACUACGUUUUUACGGCUAGAGGGCGAGGGCACCAACGACUGGGUUGACGGUAAAGGAAUGCGGCUGGUUUUCCAGAACCUAUUGGUUGAGCGGAAUGAAGAUGUUCUCAAACUCUCUCUUCAGGUCUGGUCAGAGUUGCUCAAAUCCUUAGACAGCCGCGGCGUAAUUAAAUCUGAUCCGGAAUUGCCGAACCAUAUUCAGCCACUACUCGCUUUGAGUAUGGCACCCUUCGGCGUUCCCCUUUACCCUAUCCCUAUGAAUGCCUCGCUCUUUAUCAAGCCGUCUGGCUUACCCUUUUCCAUGGUCCAACCGGCUCCGGCAAAGGCGUCCCCUACUUCCACCACGAGCUCAACAGAUGGACCCAAGAAACGAGGUCGCAAGUCGGAGAAGAAGGAACCUCCUCCUUCCAGCUCCAGUUCAACGCACGAUGUCGACGCGCACAUGCUCAAGGGUGAUAUUGACAUGGUUGGCGCGGACACAAUGCUGCGCUCAAAAAUUUACGCUGCCAGAGCUCUCGGCGAACUCCUAUCACUCUGGGAUAAAAACGGACUUGACAGCCUUUGGGAAACAAUCGUGGGCGGUCUCGGCCAUCCCGCAUCUUCAUCCCAACUUGCUUCAGCCAUGAUAAUUGAGGAAUAUGCUAAGGUUGCUGGACCAGACAGCAAGUAUGCGGGUGCUUUGUGCGAAAAGCUCCAAACCAUCGUCGAAGGAGAGCGCCCGCCUUGGUAUAGCGAUAUUUCGUGCUACCUGAGUGUCGCGCGCGCCCAGUGUCAUUCGUUGCUUAAUACUUUCCGGGAAACCGCGCCGCUUCUUCGAUCCGAGAAACUGGCUUCCCUUGCUGUUGUUGUGCAAGGGGACCCAGAUGCGGGCCCCAAUGCUUUCUCACUAGCGAAAGCCUACGAGGUCAUUGGACCAGACUUUGAGAAGCUCAAGAGGCUCCUAUCGCCUGCGCAGCGUAUUACUGCCUCCAAAGUCCUCAAUGAGACAAGAGUUACGGCAGAGAAUGCGAUCAACUUUGCAAAAGAAGCAAGGGACACCAGAGACAUGCGAAUCAAAGCAGCCGCCGCGGGCGCACUGAUAAAUUUUGGUGCAAUCCCCAAGAAACCCGGUAACCUCAUUAAGGGAGUGAUGGAGAGCAUCAAGACGGAAGAGAGCGCCGAGCUUCAGCAGCGUUCUGCGACCGCCGUCGCGGUUCUGGUGGAGCACUACACUAGUGCGGCCAAGAGAGGCCCGGUCGAUAAGGUCAUUGGUAACCUGGUCAAGUACUGUUGCGUUGACACAUCUGAGACCCCAGAGUUCGAGCGUAACAAGGAACAUGAGGGAUUGAUUCUAUCUCUCCGGAAGGAGGAGGAUCGGCGCGAACACGCGGAUGCUGCCACCUUUGAGAAGGAAGCCAGAGAAGCAAGAAUCAUGCGCCGCGGUGCCAAAGACGCGCUUGAACAACUAGCUGUGAAAUUCGGAGCGCAGCUUACAGAAAAGGUUCCGAACCUCGCGUCUUUAGUCGAGCGACCUCUCAAGGAAGCCCUGUCCGGCGACCUUCCGGCAAACAUCGUCGACUCUGACAACGUCCUUGGCCAGGAGGUUGUUGACGGACUAUCGACAUUGAGAGCUCUGCUCCCCAAGUUCGACCCCGGCCUGUAUCCGUGGGUCGUCAGUCUUAUGCCUCUUGUCGUCAAAGCUCUUCAAUGCCGAUUGUCUGUUAUUCGGUAUGCAGCAGCCAAGUGUUUCGCCACAAUUUGUAGUGUUGUAACCGUUGAGGGUAUGACGAUGCUUGUGGAGAAAGUGCUGCCAACCAUUAACAAUGCGCUGGACGUCCACCAUCGUCAAGGAGCGGUUGAAUGCAUCUAUCAUCUAAUUCAUGUCAUGGAAGACAACAUCUUACCUUACGUUAUCUUCCUUGUCGUGCCGGUUCUCGGAAGAAUGAGUGACUCGGACAACGAUGUUAGACUGCUUGCCACGACAUCUUUUGCAACUUUGGUCAAACUGGUGCCCUUGGAGGCGGGUAUUCCAGACCCUCCCGGACUAUCGGAGAAACUGCUCGAAGGACGUGAUCGGGAAAGAAAGUUCAUGUCUCAGAUGCUGGACUCUCGCAAGGUUGAAGAGUUCAAAUUACCGGUUGCGAUCAAGGCAGAGCUACGACCUUACCAGCAAGAAGGCGUUAACUGGCUUGCUUUCCUCAACAGAUACAAUCUUCACGGAAUUCUCUGCGACGAUAUGGGCCUUGGGAAGACGCUACAGACGAUUUGCAUUGUCGCAAGUGACCAUCAUAUGCGGGCCGAAGACUUUGCUAAGACACAAAGACCAGAGUCGCGCAAGGUUCCGUCUCUCAUUAUCUGCCCUCCAUCACUUUCCGGUCAUUGGCAACAGGAGGUCAAACAAUAUGCACCGUUCCUCAACUGCGUUGCAUAUGUUGGGCCUCCCGCGGAGCGUUCAAAGCUGCAGGGCUCUCUCGCUGAUGCGGACAUAGUCGUGACUUCUUAUGAUAUCUGCCGCAAUGACAACGAUGUUCUCCGACCGAUUAGCUGGAACUACUGUGUCUUGGACGAGGGACAUCUCAUCAAAAACCCCAAAGCCAAGGUCACAAUGGCGGUCAAACGCAUCAAUAGUAAUCAUCGUUUGAUUUUGUCAGGAACCCCGAUCCAAAAUAACGUGUUGGAGUUGUGGUCUCUGUUUGACUUCCUCAUGCCGGGCUUCCUCGGCACAGAGAAGGUAUUUUUAGACAGGUUCGCGAAGCCGAUCGCCACAAGUCGUUUCAGCAAAUCAUCGAAGGAACAGGAGGCGGGCGCUCUGGCGAUUGAGGCGCUCCAUAAACAGGUGCUUCCGUUCCUCCUUCGCCGUCUCAAGGAAGAGGUAUUGAAUGAUCUUCCUCCAAAGAUUAUUCAGAACUACUACUGCGAUCCCAGUGAACUGCAGAAGAAGCUGUUCGAAGAUUUCACGAAGAAGGAGCAGAAGGCCCUGCAAGAAAAGAUGGGAAGUUCAGAAAAGGCCGAUAAGGAGCACAUUUUCCAGGCCCUGCAGUAUAUGCGCCGCCUUUGCAACUCGCCUGCUCUUGUUGUCAAAGAGGGACACAAGCAGUACAAUGAGGUCCAGCAAUACCUGCAAGAGAAGAAAUCUUAUCUCCGGGACGUCUCGCACGCGCCUAAGCUUAGCGCUCUGAAGGAUCUGCUUCUGGACUGUGGAAUUGGUGUCGAGCCGACUGAAGGCAACUUGGGGGCAGGCGCUAGCUAUGUCAGCCCGCAUCGAGCCUUGGUGUUCUGUCAAAUGAAAGAGAUGCUGGACAUUGUGCAAAGCGAGGUGCUUCAGAAACUCCUACCUUCUGUGCAAUUCCUCCGUCUCGAUGGUGCCGUAGAAGCCACCCGGCGCCAGGACAUCGUGAACCGAUUCAAUUCAGACCCUAGCUACGAUGUUUUGCUUCUGACUACCAGCGUUGGUGGUCUUGGUCUGAACCUGACAGGUGCAGAUACUGUGAUCUUCGUGGAGCACGAUUGGAACCCGCAGAAGGAUAUUCAGGCCAUGGACCGAGCACACCGUAUCGGACAGAAGAAGGUGGUGAAUGUCUACCGAUUGAUUACACGAGGAACACUGGAAGAGAAGAUCUUAAAUCUGCAACGAUUCAAGAUCGACGUAGCAUCAACGGUAGUCAACCAGCAGAACGCGGGCCUGAACACGAUGGACACAGAUCAGCUGCUAGAUUUGUUCAAUCUUGGCGAGACAGCGGAAAACGCAGAGAAACCAACAGAGAUAGGCGGCAAAGAAGUCGACAUGGUUGACAUUGACGGCGAAUUGAAGGAGAAGGGCAAGAAGGGGUGGCUUGAUGAUCUCGGCGAGCUGUGGGACGACCGACAGUACCAGGAAGAGUACAACCUGGACUCGUUCUUGUCUACUAUGAAAGGGUAGUUAGUCUUCGAUUUCACCGUGUAGCAAGGCGUUGGCGCGGUUAGUUCUCAGUCCGGAGUUGGUGGAUAAACUCUCUGUUUGAUAUUUGCGAUUGACCAAGAUAGACGCUUGGCUACCGAACCUCCUGUAUUUUAUGUACACUUAAUUCGAGCUUCAAAACCAUUCAGCGCAUGCAAACGUCUCAUGCGCCAUCACUGAAGAUUCA